UGAUAAACACUGACACUGUGUCGUCGGUCGACAGCGAUGUAUUGUACAUGUUUACUGCUCACUGAAAUGCCCGGAUAUUUCGCUAUUUCGGUCGUAUCUAUUGUUGUUGCCGGAACGGCUUUCCCAAGAGAUAAAACUGACCACACUGGGUGUUGACUUCAGGUCAUGUCAUAGUCACCGACGUUGACUUUCGUAUUUUUAGAUUUUUAGGGUGUCAUUUGGCUAAACAGCCGUUUAAGUUACCGUCCACUGCCCCUACCUAUAAUAAACCUAGAUUGUCGUAUUCUUAAAGCAAGAUAAAAUAUAGGCCGUUGUCUUGAACGAGAGGUAAUGUUACAGUUAUACAUAUACUAAGCUAAUAUCCCGGAUCGUCUCCACCGGUAUCUGAUAAGGUAUCUAUACGCUCUUUUCUCAGUCAUGGAUCUCGUAACGGUGACUGAUGGCGAAGGAAAUACGCUACAAUACAAGAGGUACCAGGGUCAUGUUUUCCCGAAACUGCUCAGGGGAAAUGUACGCGAUCAGCUGACUCAAGUAGCCAAUCUCCAAUGUCGACCAGACGAUGUUUUACUUUGUACAUACCCGAAAACAGGGUUACACUGGACGUACAACAUCGUUCAAAUGUUGAUAUCAGGAUCAACUACAUAUGAGGGCAGUCCGAAAUACCUGGAGUUCGACGAUAUAGGUAUGAUUGACAUGAUGCCGCCUCGGCGGGUGUACGCCACGCAUUUUGAGGUGUGUCACCUACCUGACGCCAUCAAGAAUGGAACGGGAAAGGUUAUCAAUAUCAUCCGCAACCCGAAGGAUGUGGCUGUAUCCUACUUCUGUUUCCUGACGUCUCUUAACAUUCCUGUUUACUCCGGGAGCUUCAGUGGAUUUCUGCAGUAUUUCCUGAAAGAAGACUUUUUGUUUGGUAAUUGGUUCGGUGCUCUUAAGCAAUGGUUGGAUAUCCAAACAAUGUAUCCAUGCAUGCAGACGCUCACCCUUCAUUACGAGGAUCUAAAAAGAAAUACUUUACAAAAUCUCUACACAUUGGCGGAUUUCCUUGAAGUUCCCAAAAAUGAUGAUUUUCUACGACAAAUAGAACUGAGUGUGGAAUUUUCAAAAAUGAAGAUAAAUCACGAACAAGAAUUGAUGGGAUCCGAGACAUUUAAGGACAUCGCAACACAUGGAGUUCUCCCCAUCUAUCGAAAGGGAGACGUUGGAGACUGGAAAAAUUGGUUCACACUGGCACAAAGCGAGGAGUUUGAUCGCGUCUACAAACAAAGAAUGGAGGGAUACGACAUAGAUUUCAUUUACGAAUGAAAACUACACUUCGUUUUGCUUAAUCUGAAAAUCUGUAAAAUAUUAUGAAACCAAUUCUACUUUGGAGGCAUCGGCGCUUACGGAAUCAUAAUGUAAUCAAGUAUUUGUAACCACAAUAAAAACAUAAAACAUUAUUUAAGAUAAUAAAGAGGAUAUUGCAAGCAUCGUGUUGUAACCGAACACAACUGAAUGAGGAAAGAAGGACAACUCACGUAGAUCUUGUCCAUAUUGCAGGCUUUUGUAAUAUCAUUUCCUGGAAAGCAAAAUAACGACAGAAUCAAUUAUCAAUGAUUGAUUUUAAUCUUUUGAGUCAUAUUUAGGCCUAUUUUAGGUUUAUUAUAAUUAUCAUAACGUCCUCGAUACCUAUCCCGUAGGUAUUUAAUACUCGUCUGUUACGCUUCGGUUUAUAGUGUGGAGCGUCAUCUCAAACAACACAAUAUUGCUGUUAAAACCAACUGGUUAGUAAGUUACCAUUGACAACGGUUUUCAAAGUACAUAUUCUUGUAAAUGUCAACAGUUAAGGAAAACUCUUUGGAAUGGAUGUCCGAGCAGCGUACGGGAUAUAUUGACAGAUUAAAUGAUCCACUGCCUGAAGACGUGAACUCGAAAUAAUCACAUAAACUUAAUAAAUGGGAAAUUCAACGAUACGAAAAUCAACUCAGUAAACUUCACAAUAGUGUAUUAAGAUAAGAUUGAAACGAAAUUCAUUAAAACUGUCCGGGACAAACUCAUUUUUUAACACCUGUAAGCUCCAACUAUUUAAACCAGGAACCCAGUCUCUUGGACCCCAUACUCACAACAAUGCCAAAUAAAACACAAAAAAUACAACAUGAAUAUCUAGGCUGGAUAAAGGUGUUUUUUACGCAGGCAAGUCAUUGUUAAUGGUUACAUCUCAGGAAUAAAAUCUCCACAGGGAAGCGUCCUGGGUCCAUCGCUGUGUGUUUUGUAUAUGAAUACCCUACCCAGAUGUCUUUUGUUGAACGCCUUGCUGUUUGCUUAUGCCACCAAAUUAAAUAAAGACACCAGGGAAAUUGGAGAUACCCAGCAGGAUCCAGCAAAUCUACAACAUUGAUAUAUAGUCGUAUGUUUGGUUUAUAUAAAGGCUCGUCGUAGGCAGCCAAAGUGUAUUAAGGUCAAGUGUUAUUUCCACCGGCAACAGGAUGUCCAUACAUUACAUUGACGAAUGGAUCAGAAACACAUACGUAUAUCAUACACAGCGGGUCUACGAUAUCAGACAGAUUCGUCGUGUUAAGUGCAGAAAUGUGAAUGUCAUCUUACGAGAGUUAAAUGAUUCAAUAUCCGAAUUGGUUUUUAUUGUGUAUUGAUUAUGUAUUCUAAUGUUUCUUUAUUUUCUUUAAGAAUAUGUACGAAAAUACAUGUUUCUAGGUGUGGUUCUACCGUGUUUAAAUAUUUGUGUCGUUAAAUUGUGACUAUACUGGCACAAGGUGAUAUUAACCGCUAACGCGGUGCAAGUAAAAUGAUUAUUUGCGGCAGUAUGAUCACGAUAUACCGACCUAAUCUUCGCAUUACAGUAGAUGUUUUUCCUUCUCUUAGUCAUUUUAAUUUACAAAAAAAAAUUAUUUGUAAGUUUUCAAUAAAGGGAGGUGUAUUCCU